CAGCCCGCUGGAAGGCUGCCGCGUUUGCCUAUGAAAAUUACUUCACAUAUGGAUGGCAUCCUCAAGUGCUGUCCCCGAAAGUCCGAGUCCCUCUGGGACUCGGCGUAGGAGACGGUGCUCAGUGGCUCAGAAUGAGCACGACCACCGAAAGGAGCCAAGAAUCGGAAUACGUCGUUCCCAGUGCUAACUCGCAAGAAGUACAGCCAUCUCCAUUGGCUUUGCUGGCCGCCACGUGUAGCAAGAUCGGCUCCCCAACGGAUUCCCCAGCUGAUGACAGUGGUGGCGGCGAUGGCGCCAAUGGAGACGCCUCGCCCGCCAAAACCAACAGUGCCACCGUGCUCCCAGCAGGAGCGGGUGAACUGGUCGCUCAAUAUGUACAGACACCGACCAUGGGUGUGCUCAACCCGGAUGGCACUGUCACGCCUAUGCCUUCACCUACAGUCAAGGCAGCACAGCAAGCACAACAGGCAGUUUUCUCUCCUGGCACACAGUUUGUGGCACAGGUGACACCAAGUGGCCAGAUAACUUACAAUGCGAUCCCCCAGAUUCAGAACAUCCAGAUUGAUGGACAGGAGGCCAUUUUUAUACCAGCGUCUUUCACCGGUGGUCAGCAGGCCAUUCAACUGACUGGCGGAGGACCCACACUUCUUGCUAACCAGGGCUUCCUGCGUCCACAAGGAUUCACGCAGAAUGUGGCCAUCCGGCAGGGGAAUGUUGUGCAGACACUGCAGCUCCCACUGGCGGCUGCAGCAGCCCCUAUGCAGCAGACUAUACCAGUCCAGGUGCCGAUUUCGACAGGCAACGGCCAGACUGUGUUCCAGACCAUCCAUGUGCCCGUGCAAACGUUACAGGCCGUUGCUACCCCACAGGGAAACAUGCUGGCUUCAGGGCAGCAGCUCGCCGCUGCACAAGUUGUCCAGCAGCUCGCACAGAUGCAACCGCAGAUGGCCCAGCUGACCGCCCAGGGCCAACUGCAGCCGAUCCAAGUCACAGCCACGCCCGCAAACCCCCAGCAGGCAACUCGUCCCCAGCAGCAACAGCAAACAGCGGCAACUCCGACGUCCUGGUCGGGGGCCACCCAGAUGGUGAUGACCUCGACGGGCGAGACCAUCACCACUGCACCACAGAUGACAGCCACCGUCCAGAGUGCCUCCAGUGCUCAGGCGCAGCAGCAGCAGGCCCAACAGAAUGCAGCUGUAGCUGCUCAGGUGCAGGCGCAGGCACUGGCUGUGCAGCUUCCCUCAGGCCAAGUGGUCCAAGGCCAAAUGGGACAGCUGCUAGGUGGUGCAACGUGGUGGCCAAUGGGGACCACUGCCAUCAAUGUUUCAGGCCUGGCUGGUCUUAGAUCACCCAACAUAAUUCAGGUGCAGAGCCUUCCUGGACUCCAAAUGCAAGGGGCAGCUGGUGGAGGAGCAGGACAGACUCAUAUUCUAGGCGGUGGGACCCUUCAAGCACUGGGCAUCACCCCACAGGGCAAUGUUAUUGCUUCUCCUCUGCAGAAUGCUGCACCCCUUAGUCCCUUGCAAACAGUGCAGGCAGCGCUGGCCAAUGGGCAGCUCUUAGCCCAGCAAUUCCAGCAAGAUCCCAAUGACCCAACCAAGUGGCAAGUAGUUACAGCGCAACCCGUAGCAGCUCCCGUGGCCAGCAAUACCCAAACCCACCUUCAAGCUACCGGACAGCAGGUUCAUCUGGUGCAGGCACAAGCCCAAACACUGACUUCAGCCGCAGGAGGCGCAUCUACUCCUGUGACGGAUGGCAGUGGUGGCCUGGAAUCCCCUGACCUGACAGAUGGGGGUGCCUCCCAGGGGGCGAACGAUGGGGCGAGCACCCCAACAGGGGCUGGCAGUAGUGGUGGCAAUGCUGGCCUCAGGAGACUGCGUCGGGUGGCGUGCACCUGCCCAAAUUGCCGUGAGGGUGAAGGCAGGAACAGCGAGAACAAGCGGCGGCAGCAUGUAUGCCACAUUGCGGGCUGCCAUAAAGUUUACGGAAAAACGUCUCAUCUGCGGGCCCACCUGCGCUGGCACACCGGCGAGCGGCCCUUCGUUUGCGAGUGGCUCUUUUGUGGCAAGCGCUUCACGCGCUCUGAUGAACUGCAGCGACACAAGCGCACCCACACAGGGGAAAAGCGCUUCCAGUGUGCUGAGUGCCUGAAGCGCUUUAUGCGCAGCGACCACCUGUCCAAGCACCUCAAGACCCACGUUAGCAAAAAGGGCGCGAUCUCCGGCGUGAGUGCAGUGGCCAACGCAUCACAUGACGACUUUGCCCCGGACUCCUGCGAUUUGGAGAUGUCUGUCGACGUCUCGGACCAUGACCUCUCGAUAAACGAGUCGGCUCUUGCCGAGAACAAUGGCACCACACAUGUCCUUUCCGCUUGAGACUGCGCAUCUUGGCAGUGCUGCACAUCUCAUCACACAUCUGGUUCCUAUUUGCUGUGUUUCCCACAAUCUUUGAAGCUCUUGGCGUGAGGGGCAUGCAUUUGUCGAAUUAUUUGUGCCAUUAGGGCACUCUUGUCUGGAACUCGUGUACCGCACUUUGCCUGUGAUCUGCAUUGGUAGUAUGGUAGGCUUUACAAGCAAUUCUGUGUCACCUGUGUGAUGAAAUGUUCGUUUCAAUGAUAGUUACAGAUAAUCGUUGGUAUAACGAAGUUGGUAAAAUUAUCGAUUUGCUUUGUUACGCUGAAACUUUGCUGCAUUGAGAUUUAAACUUUUAUGCGAAGUAUGGUCACUGAAUAAUUAUUGUUAAAUUCAUGAACGGUCAAAUACUAUGGUAAUAAAAAAACUAAAAAUUUCAAUACAAUUAAACCUUGUCAUGACGAAAUCAAAGGAGCACCAUGAUUUUUUCGUUGUAACUAAUAGUUUAUAUAGCUGUGGUAAGUGUUUACUGCAAAUAGUAUGUACUGUACUGAACCACAAAUGGUUGGUGAAAUAGCAUUUUGCUCAUGCUGUUGCAGAACCAGACCAGCCCAAUCUGGAUAUAAAAAAGAAAAGUCACACCUACUGCAGUUUGAAGUGACGGAUGGGGGCGGGAGGUAGAGGGGAGAAAUAAGUUUAGGAAUGCCAAGUACUCGAUUUUUGUUAUGCACUUGUGACAUCUAUGAUACACAUAGAAGCCAGAAGCAAAUGUGCUUGUGUUCUUGCACUGGCGCUGCCGCUGGUGUUAGGGAUUUUUGAAAUCGGAAGGUCACUCCAGACUUUUCUUUAGAUUACCAUGUGGCAGGAGGCACGGCUCGCUGGCAUUGUAUGUGUAGUUCAACGGUGUUAAUCAGAGCAGUUGAUGGCCCCUUCACUGCCACUCAUACUGGGGAAAACCCUGCUUGAAACAUAUCAUAGCAAACUUUUACUGCAGUUAAAUAGACAUGCUUGCAAUAAUUGUAGGCUCUUGUGGCGCCACAAGAGAUGCAGGUUCGUGUGAAGCUCAAUAUGCACAGCCAUGGGAAAAAAAAAAAGAAAGCUAUGAAUUGAAAGUAUUACAAAUGAGUGACUAGUCGGCGAGCACAGGUGCACGCAACACAGGUCUGGCUGUUUGAAAAUUUAAUAGGAAGCUUGGAAAUCAUACCAGAUGCAAAUAUGGCACAGAAAAAGUAGCACUACUAUUUUAAGGUCUGUGGAGAACUUGUUAGGUAAAUAAUUAAGAUGGACAGGACAAAUUGAUAUGCAAGAUUGUAGGCCAUGGAAAUAUGUUUGAAUGGGAGAAAUGCAGCAAAAGGAAAUGUGUCACUGAAUGGAGCACACUAGUUUCAAUGGUAGCAUGUGAAUGCAGCUAAAGGACUCGCAGGUUGAAAACCUUGAAUCGUCAAGAAUUGUUUGUUCGCUAUGCCCACUCGUGUAUUGGUUCUACAUUUUAAAAAAUUCAGAAGUAAUGUGUUAUUUUGCUUGUGACUCAGGCAUUUAUCUUUCUUGUGCAUAAUGUGCACUUAAUGAACAGAAAGAUGCCAGUGCAUCUCAGAUCAACUAAUAAGCCUUUAUUGGCUCAUCAAUAGAUUAGACACAGUUCUCUCAGGGGUACAACAGCUGCGCGAAUUGCGCCAAUUUGAUACAAUUUCUGAUUGUUGCACCGAGCUGUGCUAAAACCGUGAAAUUUGCUAAAAUGAAAUUUUGAAAUUUGCCAAAAUGCUCAGGCAGCCUCAAAAUUUUAUAAGGUUCGCUUAUUUCAGAGAGAAAUGCAGGCCAUGUCGGCCACCUACAGUUUGCGCCAUCAGUCAAAGCACGCAGACGCCAACUAUAGUGCCUAGAAUAUACUUAAAUUAUUCUAGGCACCUGCCCAUGCUCGCGAGACGUGAUCGACCAGAUAAAGUAACAACGUUGCGCGCCCAUCGGUACUCUGGCCGCAGCGGAUACUUACUGGCUGGACGACUGAACUUCAAGACAAAGAUGCGUUGCUGUUGCCACCAACGCUUUGUGGGAAAUGUAAAUUUCCUAGUCUAAAAAUGCGGCUAUGGCUUGUUAGAAACUAAACCUGGAAGCGUAUGCUGCGUUUUCCUCGUGCGAGCAAGCUCGACGUGCUGUGAACGCUGGUGUUACCAGCGACCACGUUGAUUGCCUUAGCAGUGGCACAUAAAACAGCUUUUUUUUUACCCACUCUCUUGAAGUUGCGUCGUCCCUUUCACGUACCUGGCAAUAAAUAUCUGGUACCGUCAACGGGCGUGCGCCAUUGUUACUUUACCUCGUCGAAUGCGCCUUGCAAGGCAGCUGAGGCGGCACUUAACUCCGCGGUGAAACAAAAAAAAAAACUCGAAAAGGCGGCAAGUGGGGUGGGGGGAGGGAGGAUGUAGCGGUAAGAAAAUUUCUUCACUUAGGUUCUAAUGCUGUUUGAGCCACCUUCGCCGCAGUACAGCGGUGCCAUGCAGAAAGGCAUAUUGAGGUUUAGAAGGGGCUGUUAGUGUUAGUGGGACAUUGCACAUUUUGCUUCAUAAUUCUUAGUACCAGUAUAAUCACUGACAUCUAAAUAAGCUACAGGCAAUCACUUGAACUAAACGGUGGGCCAGUUUUUUUUUUGUCGCCACCCCAACUCUUUGGUAUUACGAAUCUUCCAAAUUUCGAGGUCGCAUGCUUGGCAGAUCAAUAUUUAAAUUUGCGGAAUCUGUCAAGUGAUUUGACAGGUGCAGCAAAUGCUAAUGUGGAGUUUAUCAUUGUUUGCUCAAGUGGGUGGUUCAAAAUACUACUUUCAUUGAAAUAGCAGCGCUCGUUUUUCACACUGUGCGAUUUAGGUGACGUUGAAUAAUUUAUGCAUUUUUUUAAAUGUAAGCCUCCUUUUUUAUACUGCUCCAAAUGUGGUCUUUCAUGAUAAAAAUGCACGUUUUUUUUUCCCCACAACCUGCUCCAAAAGUAACAUUUUGCUGCUCCAAAAAUUGCUCCAAAUUGUGUUUCGGCUGUUGCACCCUGGUUCUCUCUUUGUCCUUGCCCUUUCAGCUGCAACUACACAGUACUAACACUGUGACAUGCACUGUAAAAUAAUUGUACUACUGUGAUGAUAUUUCUGAGUGAGUCAUAGAAGCCAGUCAAUUUUUCACACGGCUCUAUAGUUCCUUAUUCGCAUUUGAUUUACCUAUUCUGUAUACUAGUAUUAUGCAAGACAACAUAAAGGUUGUAGGGGUGGUUGCACUUUUUCAUAGUGCAGGUUAUGAAGCCAAGAUGCUACCAGACUUCUUAGUGCUCCAUUUGGUGACUCAUUGCGGUGGGGUAUAUUUAUAGAAUUUCUUAAUUAUACCCGCAUGAAUCUUUGAAAAUUAAUGAGUGUGUCUGCAAUGGCUGUUAUGUCACAAACAUCCUUCUUGAUCGUUGGAAAGACAUUGUGCUUGCUGAUUGCACCAUUCACAUGUUUGAAGUGUGUGGCAAACUUUGGAUAUUGUGAAGUUUUCUUUUGAUUUUAUACCUUUGUGUACUGCUCUGAAGUGCCAUAUUGAUUUAGUGAACCUGACGUUUAACCAAACUUGCACUUUUGGCAGCUGUAUAUGCUAAAGAUUGUGCUUUGGCAGACUGGGUUCACUAUGACUUCUUUUUAAAAAAUUUACAGUCAGCUAUCCGGUUGUUACAGUACAAUUGUUGGAACAGGGAGUUGAAAGUCUUCAUUUUGUUUAUAGCAAGCCUCACCAUUCAUCUGACUCCCUCUAACACCUCAUUUCUGUUAUGUAUAAAAGUGCUUCAGCUUUAAAUUAGCACAGAAAAGCCUAGUACACUGGCUUUGCAGUGAGCAUGAAUAAUUUAUUUAUCACUAGUGCCUUCCUGUUUUUCAUUUUGUUUUUCGAGAAGGUAAUUUGAAAUAGAAUCUCUGUAGUAUUUAUUUAUUUUAUAGAGGAACCUGAGUGCUUUUAUGGGAUAACUUGUGUUUUCAAACAAAUGGCACGCUCGUAUAUAAUUGGCAGUCAUAACCAUUUGUGGGUAUCAUAUUUGUUUGUGUACUUGGUGCAGGUGUUACUUCAGCAUAAUGCACCUAUACUGAACACUUUCAGAAUGGCUUAGAGUACUGGUUGUUUCCACACUUAUGGAUUCCAGGUCGCUUUUAAAAAUUUUUACGUCUUCAUGUAUGCAGGAGCUGCCGGAAACAAAUUUCUGUGUCAGUUCCUUGAAAAUGUAUGGUAUGGAAAUGCACUACACUGCUGUCUAUGAAUAGACUAGUUGCCUCCAUUUCAAACUUUAUGUCCAAGUCACAAAGACACUUUUCAAAAAUUUUCAAGGACAUUAUAGUUUUUUUUAUAGGCCAAUGUGUAUUAUGCCGAUUGUGAAAGUUGAUUCUAGAGAAGCGUGGCUAUCAGCAGCUGAGGCUCAUAUUCGCCCUGCCAAAGCCCUCCACUUACUUUCAUCACACCUAGACGCCAUUGUACCAGAAUACCCAUGUUUGCCCCCACUUAACAUAGGGAUGGAAUCGACAAAGUGGUGCAGUGUUAGCCCGUGGCAUUUCCUUGCUUAGCUACUUUUGAGAAAGCGAGAACAAGUCUUCCCUCUUUCAAGGGAAGUUCUUAUAGUUUGCAUUAGUCAGAAGAUGGCUACAGGAUUUGCUGCUGGUGUUUUGUCGUGAGUCCAUUACUUGCCUAUUUCCUGAUAGUUAUAGAGAGUAAUGUGGAGAUUCUAUGCUCAUGUGUGUUGUACCUCGAGAGAUUCACUCGAGGAGACAUGGUACUGCUUUUGCACUUGCUUGUAAUCUUGUGAAGUACAAUUUUGUUACUAAUAUAUACUAAAGCAGCAUAUCUACAGCAUGCACGCUGUGUGCCAAGUUUAUGAAGUGCUCAUCCUCCCUUGCUGAAGAUCUUUGUUACUUGUGCUUCAUCAUUGUAGUACUUCACUUUCUAGUGCACAUAUAUUAUAGUCAUUUAUGCAUGCUGCAUUGCUUGUAAGGGUAUUUGAUUGCUUUGUGCAGAUCAGAGCGUUGUUAGGAUGUUAUUGUGGAGAGUGGCUGGGUUGGAUUCUUCUACAACUGUGUGCUUGUAUGUGUGUGUUUGUAUAUACGGUUGUAUGUGUACAACAGAUACAAACUGACAUUUUGGGAGGAGGAAGGGGGAGUUUGACCCCACCCCCCAAUUAAUUGGCUAUACCUGUGGUGCAGAUCAUCACAUUACUGAAUUAAAAAUUUUGUUUGGCUACACAUAAGCACCAAGUCUAAAAAGCACCUUUUCUGACUCAUUGUUUUCUAUCUACUGCAGGCGGGUUGUGUUGCGACUACUUUCACAAUGUAAAUAUGGAUGAUGGUGUAGCAAGCUUUCAUACUGGAUGUUUUUGCACUUUCAUAUGUGAGAAAUUGUCGCAGCCAUAGUUUUGAAUACGAUUAUCCCAUGCCAUUCAUUGCUUUGUGUGGUAUGGCUAUCAUCAAUUGAUGUUUUAAUAAAAGUGUGCUUGACGUGCUGCUGUGGCAUAAAUGUACAGAUUUUGUAACUGCAGCUCUCACAGUUGUGGAAAUCAUUGAGGUCAUCAAAGAUUGAAAUGUGCUUGUUAAUGUUAGCCACCAGAUUUUGCAACCCCAUCCCACUAAAUUUUAAAGAAAAUUCGAAUGCGACAUAAGCUCUGUUUGUGAGGAUUUCUCUUUUUAUCUGUGAAGAUUGUUGACCAUCACAUUUUUGUAUAUUUUCUGAGCAGAGAAAAUGUGUUGGGAUGCCUAGCACAAUAUCGGACUCAGAAAGAGUGUUAUUUAAGGUGUGAAAUAAAAUUGAGCCAAGUUGAACACCUAA